GCGGCGGCCCGGCGGCGGCGGGCGGUGGGUGCCGGCCGCCCUGGCCGCGCUCCUGGCCCUGCGAGGUCUGGUGUGUCCUCUAGAAGUGACAGUCAGUUCAGGAAGUAUCCAGGUUGCCCGGGGCCAGACAGCGGUAUUGCCCUGCACCUUCACCACAAAUGCUGCUCUCACUAACCUUAAUGUCAUCUGGAUGGUCAUUCCUCUCUCUAACGCCAACCAGCCUGAACAGGUUAUUCUCUACCAAGGGGGUCAGAUCUUUGGUGGUGCACCCCAGUUCUAUGGGAGAGUGGGGUUUGCUGUGACAAUGCCAACCACCAGUGCCUCCAUCUUCAUCAACAAUACUCAGCUAUCUGAUACUGGCACGUACCAGUGUUUGGUCAACAAUCUUCCUGAUCGAGGUGGCAGGAAUAUCGGAGUCAUUGGACUCACUGUCUUGGUUCCUCCUUCUGCCCCGCUCUGCAGAAUCCAGGGGUCCCUGGACGUGGGCAACGAUAUCACACUGACCUGCAGCUCAGAAGAAGGCAUCCCCCGGCCAACAUACCUCUGGGAGAAACUGGACAAUGUUCCCAAGUUGCCCCCAACUGCCACACAAGACCAAGUCCAGGGCACUGUCACUCUCCGAAAUAUCAGCACUGUGUCCUCAGGUCUUUACCAAUGCGUGGCUUCAAAUGCCAUUGGAACCAGCACUUGCCUUCUGGACCUGCAAGUCAUUGCACCCCAUCCCCGGAGCAUUGGCCUGAUUGCUGGAGCGGUGGCCACAGGUGCUGUUGUGCUAGUUGUCUGCAUUGUCUUGGUGGCCGUGGCGCUGUUUUACUGGAAAAAUAAACACAAAGAAGAAGAAGAGGAGGAGAUUCCCAAUGAGAUAAGGGAGGACGACCUGCCGCCCAAGUGCUCCUCCACCACGAAAACAUUCCACGCCGACGCAUCCUCAUCAGAAAACGACACCCUCACCUCCUCCAACACCUACAACAGCCGUUACUGGAACGACCCCAAAGCCAAUCAUGCCACAGACUCCUUCACCCGCUUCAGCAACAACAAUGAUAUGCGCCAGCCCCCCUUCUCCCGCUCGGGGAGCACGAGCACCCGCCCCAUCUAUGCGAAUGGAGGCCACCCAUCCCCGGCUGCCCCUAAGACGCUGGUGGUAACGGCCAACACAGCACCAUCCCCUCAGGAGGUUAUGAGGAGCAAUGGCUCAGUCAGCAGGAAGCAGAGGCCACAGCACACGCGCUCGUAUGCUGUGAGCCAGGCAACGCUGGAGCGGAUAGGGGCUGUUCCUGUUAUGGUGCCUGCCCAGAGCCGGGCCGGUUCCCUUGUAUAGGGUGUAUGGGCAGGCGAAAGCAAAGCAAGAAGCUUCUUGUACCAGGUGGGCUGAAGAUAUGGCCAAGAGACCCUCCUCCUUCUUGAAAAAUGUGGCGAGAUGGGAGGAGAUGCGCCUCUCCCUGCUGCCCUCCCCCCUCCCGAGAC